AUGGAUGUUGUAGAAGCAAAUGCUGGAGAAACCCUCUGGUGGGACAGUGAGUCUGUAGAUGCCGAGGCAGCAGAUGCAGCAGCAGCAACAGCAGCAGCAACAGUAACAGCAACAGCAGCAGCAACAGCAGCAGCAGCAACAGCAGCAGCAGCAGCAGCAGAUCCCUUUGAAGUUGGCCGCCAUGAUUUGCUGCGGCGGUCGAGGAGGAAGCAGAUUGCUUCCCCACGGAGUGUAUCUGCAGCAGCAGCAGCAUCUAGUUGCCUUCCUGCUGCAGCAGCAAACGGGCACUGCAACAGCAGCAUCAGCAGCAGCAGGAGCAACAGCAGCAGCUGCUGCAGCUGCAGCAGCAACGCCGCAGCGACGCAGGCAUUUGCUGCACAGCGCAACAGACCCAGGAGCGAGCUGCAGCACCACCCCACACAGCAGCAGCAGCUGCAGCUGCAGCUGAAGCAGGUGCAACUGCAGCAGCAGCAGAAUCAGGUGCAGCAGCACCAACAGCAGCAGCAGCAGCAGCAGUUGCAUCAGCUGCAACAGCAGCAACAGCAGCAGCAGCAGCAACAGCAUUCAUCUCAGCGCCGAUGCGAGAGACGGGCCCCUGCGGCUCGAAGCAGCAGCAUCCCUGCAGCAGCAGCAACAGCAGCAGCAAUGUCUCAAGAGCAGCAGCAGCAGCAGCAGCAACAGCAGCAGCAGCAGCAGAAACAGAGAUUGAAGCAGCGCUGCAAGGCUUGGCUGCAGGUAAGCCCACGAGGCACAGUUGCUGCAGGGAGUCGUGCUGCUGCAUCUGCUGCUCAAUCAGCAGCAGCGCAUGCAGCAACAGCUCGUGCAGCAGCAGCAAAUGCAGCAACAGCAGCAGCAACAGCAGCAGCAGUUGCUGCUGCUGCUGCAGCAGCAGCAGGACAGCGGCAUACAAAAAUCCCCCGUAGGCAAGUUGGUGUCCCUCAUGCUUCCUUACAUUUAUUAGAUUUAGGGGGUAGCUGUUCUGCUGCUGCUGCUGCUGCUGCUGCAGCAGCAGCAGCAGCAGCUAACCGAUCAAAGAAGAAUAGCAGCAGAAUGCUGCUGUCUAGACACUCCGAAGCAGCAGCAGCAGCAGCAGCAGUUGCUGCUGCUGCAUGCAUCAAGCUCAGCCCAGCAGCAGGCGUCUCCCAAAGGGAGUCGAUCCCUGAUGAUGGAUUAUAUGUACCUACUAAUAAAUUCAGGGGUAAGCAGCAGCAGCAGCAGCAGCAGCAGCAACAGCAACAGCAGCAACAGCAACAGCAGCAGUAG